CGGGAGCUGAAAUCCCUGGCUCUGUGUGUCUGGAUACAGACUCCUGCUAUCAACAGCGGACCGAGGGGAAAGGAAAAGGGAUUUCUAGCGGUUGUUGCAAAGUUCCGCCAGUUUCGUAAGAGCGCCCCCGCCCCCCCCCCCCAAACCCCUUGGAAAGUUUUCCUUGUCUCAAAGUGUUGGGAAGGGGGCAGGACCAUCGUUCCAUCUCAGGCUGGACUCGGCUUCUCUGAGUCUUUCUCCUUCCUGCCCCACCUCUGCUGAAUGAUUGCUUUCGGGCUGCAGUUCAUCAAGUCCUCCUUGGAUGCAUUUCCUGGAAAAUGGGAGCAGGAGCAAUCACUGUUUGCCAAAACAAGGCCGCAGUCCGGUUGAAAGAGGACGUGAAGAGGAUUAUGGCUCAUCCCCUCAGCACACAGAGAGCCUGCAGUGCCGGCAAGGUGUUUGGAGUCUCUCUCCAUGACCUCCAGCAACGAGGGCAGAUGAUUGAUGGGGUCCCUUUGGUCGUGCAGCACAUGGUGGAGUAUCUGCAGGAAUAUGGGCUGGACCAAGAAGGCCUCUUUCGGGUGAAUGGAAAUGUGAGGGUGGUGGAGAAACUGCGGCAGAGGUACGAUAUGGGGGUGAAACCAGAUCUGGUCCGGGAGGCCGAUGUCUGCUCGGUCGCCAGCCUACUCAAGCUGUUCCUGCGGGAGCUCCCCGACUCACUCAUUGUCUCCAGGCUACACUCACAGUUCAUGCAGCUCUAUCAGGGCCGCAGUGGAGAUCAAAAGGAGUUACAGUGGCUCCUGAGGCAGCUUCCAGAUGUUAACUAUUCCCUGCUGAAAUUCCUGUGCUACUUUCUGAUCCAGGUAGCUGCGGACCAAAAGACCAAUCGAAUGACCAUUUACAACCUCGCCACAGUAUUUGGCCCCAAUGUAUUCCACGUUUCCCCUGGUAUUGAAGGAAUAAAGGAACAAAAUAUUUCCAAUAAACUCAUGACCGCACUGCUGGAGAACUACAACAUCUUCUUCGAGAAUGGAGAUAAGAUGGAAGCUCCACCUGAAGUUCAAACCAAGGUGAUAACUGUGCAAGAAGCCUCUGGUGGCGAUGUGCCCUUCAGCUUCAGACCCUGUCCACUGCCUCCAUGUGAUCUAACAACUGAAUCGAGAUCGCCACCAAAGAGAAAGAAGACCAAAAAGACAAGGCUGGAAGGCAGACCAGGGUCCUUCCCUAUCCCCCUGCCCGAGUACUCGAGUGGGACUCCAGAAACGGCCCGAACGCUGACUGUCAAAAGCCGCAGUCGAGAGGGGAUGGAGUCGUCAGAGGAGCUGGAAUCCAGUAUAAAAGACCUGGAGAUAAACAGCAGUUCUCAAGAUGAUGAUCGGCCGAUGUCACCGUUUUAUUUAAGUGCCCACAUGCCUUCAGUCAACAGGAUAUCAGCAGCCGGGAACCUUAUAGAAAGGACCAUCCGAUCUGCAGUUGAACAACACCUCUUUGAUGUUCAUGGUAGUGGAAGUCAAAGUUCAGAGGAAUCUGAAACAGCAACAUCUUCGUCCACAGCAGCCGUCUCUGCGCGACAGAGAAGGAGACAUCUAAAAGAGCAGGAUGAAUACUGGAGAAGCAAGGAAGUGGACAGCAUCAACAAAGAGAAUAUUCCCUGUAACAGCGAGGAGGGAAGAUCGGGGCUUCUGGAACCUUCUCAGGCCAGUGAUAAAAUGCUAAAAGAGAGCAAUGGCAGUUACAACGAGGAAGGCAUGAAGCCAAAGAGGCAGAAAGCAAGUUGUAAACUCUCUGAGCUAAAUGACAACCAGGAUUCUCCGAUGCCUAUGGAAAGCAGUAGCAGCAUUUCGACAUCCUGGUCUCCUGAUCCAACCCUUGGAAUGUCAGGGCCUGGGGGAGGCCUAAAUUUCCCAACCCAGCCAGAAGAUGCAACUGAACAAGAGAGAAAAGAAGGCACAAAAUCAUUCUCUGGUGGGGAGCUUUACGAUCAUAUUAAAUUGAGUCUGAAUGUCGCCAUGAAGAUCCAAGAACCUCUGAGUCAAAGCGACGUGGCCAAAGCACCGAGGAAUUCUGAAGCAGCCACACCAGAAGGGAGCGCCACUCUCGAGAUCCCCCGCUUGGAUUUGACUGGCCUCACCGAGGGCAAGGAAUGGGGAGAGUCCGUUUCCGCUCCCCUGGUGUGGCAGACCCGCGAGGCUGAGUCCGAGGAAGCUCGAGUGUCACCGCAGGCUGGCCGGCUGAUUCGCCAACUGCUGGAGGAAGAUUCCGACCCCAUGUUAUCACCUCGCUUCUACGCCUAUGGUCAAAGCCAGCAGUUCCUCAAUGAUACAGAAGUACCCCCAUCACCCCCUGAUUCUCAUUCCUUCAUGAGGCGUCGGAGUUCGUCCCUUGGCUCCCACGAUGACGAGAGGGAGGAGCUGACCCCAGUGCAAAUGACCCGGAGGAUCCAGAACUUGAAGAAGAAGAUCAGGAGGUUUGAGGAGAAAUUCGAGGAAGAGCGGAGAUACCGCCCUUCACACAGCGACAAGGCCACAAACCCAGAAGUGCUGAAAUGGAUGAAUGAACUCGCAAAACUUCGCAAGCAGCUGAAAGACACCAAGCUGAAGGUCUCUGAGGAAGGUGUUGUCCCCCAGAUGAGGCAGCGCAGCAACACCCUCCCGAAAAGCUUCGGCUCGCAACUGGAGAAGGGGCCCGAGAAGGAGCCGGAUAAGAAACCGGAGGCUGCACAGAAGCCGCCAGUGGACGCGACGCUCGAUGCCAUCCUGAAGAAGCUGCAGGAGAAGCGGGCCGAGGUGGCACGCCCUGAAGACAUCAAGGACAUGACUCGAGAUGAGAUCGCUAGUGAAAAAGUGGCUCUGCAAAAGGGUCUUCUGUACUAUGAGAGCAUACAUGGGCGACCGGUCGCGAAGGCUGAGAGGCAGAUAAUGAAACCUCUGUACGACCGCUACCGCCUGUUGAAGCAGAUCCUAGCGAGGGCGACCGCCAUCCCCGUCAUCGGCUCCCCAUCGAGCAAGCGGCGAAGCCCUUUGCUGCAGCCGAUAAUAGAGGGUGAAACAGCUUCCUUCAUCGAGGACCUAAAGGAAGAGGAGGAGGAUGGCUCCGAAGAUGACUUCAACACCAAAACUGACUUUGCCGUCACUGGCAAGUCAGCUUUCACCAUCCGGAGCUUCCUCGACCAACUUGACGACGAUACUGAUGGGUUUGUGUCACCCACAGAUGACAGGCCACCAACUCGAUGCAACCUGGACCUGAGGCUCUCGAACCUGCACUCAGCCUCUAUGCCAGAACUUCUAGAACAACUUCAAGAAGCCCGAGCUGACAAGAAGAGGCUUCGCAAAAGCCUGAGGGAUUUUGAAGACACGUUUUUUCAGGAAAAUGGAAGGACUGUUCAGAAGGAAGAUCGUGCGCCCAUGGCUGAGGAAUACAGUGAAUACAAACACAUCAAAGCAAAGCUGAGGCUACUGGAAGUGCUCAUAAGCAAGCAAGAUCCAUCAAAGGUUGUAUGAAUCCUGAAAAACCUCAGCAGUGUCAAUUUUCAUUGCGUCUUUAAUUUAGCAGAUGGCCCCACGGCAGUGACACGGUGAUGGGGCGUGGUUGCAUUGGCCCCUCACCGUGACAGCAGUGAACGCCAAAACACAGUUUGAUUUUACUGGCCUGGCCACAACUCGGCCACCUCUCCGAGGAUGACGUCUGGUGCCAACAGUGCUGCAAGACAUCAACCAAGAGGAAUACCACCCUGACGUCUCCUGUGCUUUUUAUUUGUGUGGGGAGAGAAGUUUUGAUCGGACGCCUUUGUUCUUCUGUCUCGGUCCCGUCCUUAUCCAGAUAUCCUGGAGCAUUCUUGAGCAAGCAGUCUCAUAGGAAGCCACAAUGGAUUUUGCAUUUUGUCAGCGAGCCGUUCUUGAAGACUUGUCUCGAAUGAUCCCAGAUUGAGUUGUCCUUCUGCUGAUCAGAACAGUAUAUGCUUCAGGUCCAAGUCUGUACAGUCAGCUAGCUAGUCCGUACAAGGAUUGGGCUGCAUGAGACAUGAGGACAGAACAACCAGAAAAAUCAAAAGGCUGGUUCCUUGAAAACUGGGUGUUCUUUAAAGCCUCCCUGUUCUUCUUUUGAAAUGUAGUAAUGGGAUUUUCACACCCUCUUCUGCACUGCUGCAGGAACUCAAAAGCCCUCGACACAAUUUAAUGGAACAAAAUUAUUGGCGACAUAUUCCAAAUCUCAAGUAAAGGAGAAAAUGAAUUUUUUUUUGUUUGUAGAAUGUUUUUGUAAUUAUUUCACAAAUGAGAAUCAAUUUAAUAACUAGCAUGUUGAACAACAAUUUCUGUGUGCAUCCAGUUUUUAGAAAGAACCACUGGUGUUCUGUGCUCUUUAGAUACUGAUCUUUGUACAUUUGUAGAUAUGCAAAUUAGAAUGACAGGCCCAGGAAGAGAAAUUAUGCAGCAGAGUCAGUACUUUCUUUUUUAAUAUACAAUAUAUAGGCAUAGAGCCCUGGCCUGUUGCACAAAUAUCUUGUUCACAUGGGAGUUUUGAGGCGAAUUGAACAGAGUAUGAAACAGGUAACUGGUGUAUUUUUUAAGCUGGAGCAUAUCAUUGCUUCUUGUAAUUUUUCAAGUGGCAAUGAUAUUAAAGUCUCCUCUGGAUAGCACAACUAGUUUGGGAAUUGGAAUUUGGAAAUCACUUUGAGAAAAGCUCACCUGCAAGCACCUUCUAUCGACAAUGGAAUGUUGUGGCAGUGCCUUAUUGAUGAGUACUUUUUUGUGACAGCUGUGUUAACCCUUACAAGGCAUGCUUUUCCUGAUAGGAUUUAGAGCUUGGCAGUUCUUUUAGUUUGUUUGAGACUAAGUCCUGUGGUAAUGUGUUAUUGAUGAAAGGGCAGAAUUCCAUGGAAGUCAGAUAUCUCAAACACUUAAGUGUUGUGCAUCAAAAGGACUACUACAGUGCGUAAAUGUUUUUACCAAGCAAAAAGGGCCUCACCUCCUUCUCAAAUUAUAUGUCUGUUAUGUGGCACUUUUUUUUUAUUUUGCUGUACGUUUUCUCAAAUUGGCAUGUAUACCAGUGACCAAGACUUUACAAACAGCAUUACAUCCACAGGCUGUGGUGAUAUUUUUCCGUAAUCACUUUCUCUUGGAUCACUAGUAAAGAAACUUGCACAUCGUCUGCACAUUAUGUUCAAUUGCUUACGCUUGUGGUUUUGAACAAGAGUACAGGAAUUUGCGUUUCACAUCUUUGCCCGUCCUGUUUUUACAUUCACUGGAGAACAGUUUCAUACCUGCAAAAUGUGGUACUUUAUUUCGCCCCCCCCCCCCCCCCAUCAUCUGUGACAUUGGUCGAGCUUUUAUAACACUUCAGUAACGUAUGUUCAGUAUCUCGUGGGCUGCUGAAAAGCCAGCAAGACAGCAUUCGGUUCCUGGAGUCUCCAAGUGCUUUACAGUCCAAUGGGGCACUCUGGGAAAGGUGGGUCAAAGGCUACGAGAUCAGGUUUUUCCAAAAGUGUGGCCCUUUUGCCCAACAGCAUUGGGUUCAGGAAUGUCCUGCUUAGUUUUCCCCUCCCAAACCAGCCCCGUGCCUGAAUCCCCAAGGUGUGGUCCUAUCGUCUAAAGCUAUGUCCCUUUGUGCUAAAACUACUCCUGUACACUUACCACUUGGGUAUCCCAGCCUGAGACAUAUUUUAAGUAACUAGGAGAGACGUAUCAGGCUGUGUGUAAAUGAGCUUCUUGAAUGAUUUCCCUACUUUUUUUUUGUAAUGCUCAACGUAACUUUGUGUUGCUAAGAACAUUUCCCCCCCCCCCCCCCCCCCCC